CAGCACAAUGCCCCGUAGAUGCAGCCGCCGGGCCUGCUGUGAAAUGCGUCUGAUCUCCUGUGUCCCCGGCUGCGGCGUCCAUAGAGCAAUGGUGGGCAGACGAUGCUGUGAGCACAUGCAUCUAUUGCAGUGAAAUCAGCCGACAUCAUCGUCCUCCCUUCGGACGGAAUCAUGGAUUUCAGCAAUUCCUCCGUAUUCGAUCAACAUAAAGAAUCAGCUGGGGUUUCCGCAGCUUUGUAACAGUUCUAAAUGUUAAAUCCAUAAUCAUGAGAAUCUGCUAAAUGGGAUACCCAUCAAUGCAGAACAAGGAAGAUUUGCCAUUCAGGAGCCAGGUGACUCAUCAGAAGAGAUUGACUUGUCUGUGGUCUAUCAAGCGUCAGCUAAUGGCGAUGUCAAUACAUUGACGGCAAUCAUCCGCGAAGACCCUUCAAUCCUAGAAUACUGCGAUAAUGAAGGUUGCACUCCUUUGAUGCACGCUGUGUCCGGACGCCAGGUUGAUACUGUGAAGCUGCUGCUGAAAAUGGGAGCGAAUAUCAAUACACAAGACGCCUGUGGGAGAACAAGCCUGUCCUUAGCAACGUAUCUGGGGUGGCUGGAGGGCUGCAUGAGUUUGCUCAGGAACGGAGCCAAGCAGAACAUCCCUGAUAAAAAUGGCAGACUUCCUCUACAUGCCGCCACUGCGGAGGCCGAUGUCAGACUUUUAUCAGUUCUCCUCCAGCAGUCGACUCUGAGUGAGAUUAACCACCAGGACAACGAGGGGAUGACGUCACUGCACUGGGCAGCAUUUCACAACCGGCAACAACAUGUGCAGAACUUGCUGCAAAAAGGAGCCGAUCCGACGUUGGUGGACAAAGAUUUUAAAACAGCUCUUCACUGGGCGGUCCAGAGUGGAAACAGAGUUCUGUGCUCUAUAAUCCUGGAUCAUGAGCAGGGGCAAUCCACCAUCAACUAUGAUGAUGAAAAUGGGAAGACAUGCAUGCACAUAGCCGCUGCUGCAGGAUACAGUGACAUCAUCUGCGAACUGGCCAGAGUAGCAGAAUGCAAUCUGCAGGCCCUCGAUGUGGAUGACAGAACUCCGCUGCACUGGGCUGCAGCCGCCGGAAAAGCAGAUUGUGUGCAGAUGCUGCUGAAGUUAGGAGUAGAUAUGAACCCCAGGGACAUCAAUGAAAAUACGCCCCUGACCUAUGCCAUGUACUGCGGGCACACCGCUUGCAUCAAGCUGCUUUCUCAGGAAAACAGUAGACCAGAUCCCUUCCAGCCAUUGACUUCACCAGGCACUAAAGCCAUGAGGAAAGAAGGACGUCUAACUGUGCUAAAUCAAAUCUUUUUGUGUAAGAAGAAGAGGGUGGACCAGAAAGCCCACCAGAAAGACAAACUCAGGUAUAAUGGAGAGGAGACCUCGGAGGUGGAUGAUAUCAUCACCACCUUUGACUGUAUCCUGGACACAAACUGCAAAGAUCCCCAAGACGAUCACGUGAGCUUGGUCAACUGCAAAAAAAGGACGGUGGAGUCACAGAAGUAUCUGCUGCCAGACAACAAGCAGAACUGCAAAGGUCUUCCACCCAUAAGAACGCAGAGUCUCCCUCCUAUCACUCUUGGAAACACUUUUUUAACAACUUCACAAAUGACGACGGAUAUCCCCCAGAGUAACCCGUUCCAUUUUGCACACAGAUCUCAGAAGAGCAAGAGUGAGCAUGACUUGUUCGACCACAGAAAUAGUGGUCAUGCUUUGCAAGACAAUCCCUGGAAUAUAGCUGCUAACCAAAUUCUCCCCCAUAAGGCAUGGACUUCACCUCAACCAGAGAAGUCCAAACAUUGUGUACUGUCCAAAAAGUCCAAUCAUAUUGAUGGCCUCUGUCCUCCUCACCUUCCUCAUAUGGACAAUGUACAUUCAGGUUAUGAUUCCGCACAUCUCUCCCAGGAAAAGCCGAGAGUUAAAGAACCGCGUCUGACGCGGAAUAGCUUGGCCCCUUUACCGGAUCACUGUGUUAAGAGAAUCCAGCUGCCAACUGGUCCAGUCUGUCAGGGCGUGAAGAAGUCAAUGUCUUUGCCUUCAAACUCGUUACGAACUGGAAACAGCUUAUCUCCAUUAAUCAUUUCCAAACCCCAGAGUCACUCUUUGUAUUCCUUCCUCCCCGUCCUGAGACGAGAACCCCUGAGGACGACGCGUGUUCUCCCAGCCAUCCCAAGUCAGAGGGGGCAGAGCACAACAGAAGGCCUUAAGUCCUCCCCGAAUAAGUCUGACACCAGCGACUAGCCCCCCCCCCCAUCCAUGCGUACCAUGUCUGCCACCCUGUAGUCGGAUUUGUGAGAUAAGCGUUGUGUGAGUCAUUUGUAACCUGGAUGAGAACGGACAUGACUUUGGGUUUUUUUGCUAUUUUUUUAAAGGAUCAUUUUCUACGUUGUCUCUUUUGUGAUCUUCCAUGAGAAAUUGUUGGAGAGAUUUUCAAGAAAUCUUUACGUUCUGUAUGUUCUUCACUGUUACCGUUUUCUAUCCGAUAUUUGCUCUAAAAAUGUUAAA